CAACAGCCAUUCGCCAUUCACUGUCGGGCAAAAUCCAGAACAUUCCACAAAACAACAUAGUCUCGAUAGUCAUCACCUCAACGAUCGAGGCCCGCAUCCGCUGCAGGCACGCAAGCAUCAACAUCCCAACGACAAACCACUGACAAGAUGCCCGUCGACUACAGCAAAUGGGACGCGCUGGAGCUCAGCGACGACUCGGACGUCGAAGUCCACCCCAACGUCGAUAAGCGGUCCUUCAUCCGAGCGAAGCAGAACCAGAUCCACCAGGAGCGACUCCAGCGCAAGCACCAGAUCGAGACGCUCAAGUACGAGCGUAUCAUCAACGAUGGCCUGAUGAAGCGCAUAUCCAAGCUGCUCGACGCCCUCAAGUCCCACGCCUCCGAGGCCGAGACCCGCAACCCCGGCGAGGUCGCCUUCCAGGCCGUCAUGGAGUCCGCCGGAAGGCCCGAGGAUGACCAACCGCCCCCGCGCCCCGAGGGUAUCCACGCCGAUUCGGAACCGCUGCCGAGCUUCUCCAAGAUGAUGGCAGUGCUGCUAGACCAGGUGAACAAGGAGCUGGACGAGAAGAAGCCCGAGAACCGCUACCAGGGCAUGCUCGAGGGCGUCGAGGGACACCUUACUAAGGUCCAGAACCUGCAGAAGGAGCUGCUGGCGAAGCUGGCCGAGCUGGAGAAGGAGGAGGGUCGCAAGAUCACAAGCGAGGGCAUCCACACGGGCUUCGACAGCUCGCACGUCAGCAAGUCCAAGGACACGGAGAAGAAGGAGGAGGAGCGCAAGCCGGAGCUCUUGAACCCCAACUUUGACAUGACGCAGUCGCUGCCGGCCAAGUCGACGACGUCGUAUGACGAUGACGAGGAGAUCGAGGCGUCCCCGGCGGCCAAGACAUUUGCCCAGAUCAAGCCCAACGACUACGCGUCCAGCCUGUCGUACCUGUCCAAGAACCCGCAGAUCCUGACGGAGCGGGAGACGGACGGACUCCUCGUGCUCGCGUUCGACGCCGCCCUCGAGGGCAAGGACGACUACUGCCGACAGUGCGUGCACCAGGCGCUACUGCUGCAGUACUGCCGGGCGCUCGGUAAGGACGGCGUCAGCAUGUUUUUCAAGCGCAUCACGACGCGGGGACACCAGGCGCAGGAGGUGUUCUUCAAGGACGUCCAGGACACGUACGGCAAGAUCAGGAACCGGGCGCGGGAGAUUGUCAAGGAGCGGGCCAACGAGCCCGAGGGGGUCGAGCAGAUCCAGCUGCACGCGGUGGAGCCCGGCACUGAGAUCAAGAUCACGAUUCCGCCCAAGGACAGCGAUGACGCGGCCGUCAAACAGGGACGGGAGAUCUUUGAGGGCUUUAGCCCGGAGUUCCAGAAGGCCCUGGAGAGCGGCAGCUUGGACAAAGUCAACGAGGUGCUUGGUAAGAUGAAGGUGGACGAGGCCGAGGACAUUGUCGGCAAGCUGGGCGACGCCGGCAUCCUGAGCCUGGAGGAGCAGAUCAUCGACGCCACAACGGAGGAGGGCCAGAAGGCGCUCAAAGACAUGGAGGCGGCACAGGCCGGAUCGGAGUCUGGGUUCGCGCCGGACCCUGAGUAAAGGACGGGAGCCAAGAGGGUGUGAAGGUUAAUUGGGCCGGGCCGAGCUAGAACAUCUGGCAAAAAGGUCAGAGCACCGGGGGGCCAAUACCACGGGCAGGUGUCUCGGUGUCGUGGAAGAGGGCACGACGAUGAACAGGCGGUAAACAUAGGGAGAGUGAUCUUGUCGUUGGCGCAUAUCAGCAUUCGGCCAGAUGUAAAAAGGGGAGAAUCAAAGAUGAAAAUGAGAGCAAGCACCGAACACGGCUUGGGCAGUACGUGAA